AUGCGUCUUUCCGAGAGGCCGUGGUCACCGGUGACGCCUUUCUUGGGCGCCUUUCAGUGUUUGCGGCGAUCAGUUGAUCCUGAAGCUGCAAGCUCCCGGAAGACGCCUGUCGACGGGGUACGGACGACGACUCGAAGUCACUCGGUAACCGCUGUCGGAAUAGAACGCGCUAGCUCGCUCGUGUCAAACGUUACUGAGGAUGAGCUUCUUGAUCAGUCGAUACGCCCAGAACUUGUGCGACUCUUAUCGAAAGGCGAGGGUGCACUCAAGUCCGAAAAGGAACCAGCAGCGCCCGUUACGGUACGUCUGCAGCUGAAACGCUGGCGACGACGAGAGGCGUCCUCGGUAGAACACUGGAAUCCAGCGGUUACGUGCCAUGUAAGGCAAGGUCCCGACUGGGAGACCGCCUACGGUUCAUGCCCAGCAUCUGUCUACCUUGAUGAGUUGGACUCGCUCUGGAGUAUUUGUCAACGAAGUGCGCUGGAUUCAUCGAACACGGAGCAACCACAGCGCGUUGCAUUAGCCGAUCGGUUGUGGUCUCUGUCGCUUCAACUACAAAGCAUCGUGCAUACUGGACGAAUCAACUGGGCCAAACUUGCAGGUGCAUGCGAGAGCGGCUGCCUGAAUGCUUCCGGGCCUCGUCACGAUACCGUUUCGGACUUGGGCGGUUCAUCGACGACGCGUCUCAUGACGGAUGACGGACAAAACCUCCUGAAUCAUUCGUCCGAAUCUCCUUCAUGUUACCAAGCGCCCGCUCAGGAGACGCAUCAUGACGAUUCACCAUCGUGGGUGUCGUCCAAGACGAGUCAAGGCAGUGCGGAGCUACCAUCGGUGCCGCUUUCACCUCAGAUACGCCCGAAAGCAGCAUUCGUAUCCGCUGAUAUGGAACUAGUGGCUAUUGCCGAUGAUCAGGGGCGGGCGGCAUCGUACGCUGACGGUGAGCAUGCCACAGCAGUGUGUGCAAAGCUCGUUUCAUGGCCCAGCGACGACGACGACGACGACGACGACUCGCAAGUAUGGGAUGCCUCUGCAGACGAGACGAUGCGACGCUCACGAAGAAAGCACGUGCUCCGGAUCCCGAAAGCAAAGCAGGAAUACCUCGUGUCGGUACCUGCGUCAUGUCCACACUGGGGCAUCUGGUGGCUGCCUGGAACCGCAAUCCUCGAACCGCUCCUGGAGAUACUGGAGAGCCCUACCGCCUCGAUCGCCGUUGUUACCGCGACGCUGGAAACACUAGAGCGCCUCCUGCGGCGAGGAGCUGCUCGUGGCCUUGUGCUCGAUGAACAGCGGGAUGUUGUUGUCACAGUGGCGACAAGUAGCGUAGCAACCGACGCAGGUUGCACCCAGGGAUCAGCGACUGCCUCUAUAGAAAGCUUUCGCGUACUUGGCCGCCGCUGGCUUGACCUCUACGCCCGGGAACGGGUGCUCGCGAGACUCGUGGUGGUUGCCCUCACGCGCUGGUAUCAGCAGCAAGUUCGCGUAGCCGGCGCCGAGUCCGCUCUACUUUGCUUUCUUCAUUUGGUGCAGACCAUUGUGGACGCUGGCGUUCCCAGUCUCGAUGGAGACGCUGUCGCGUCUUCUACCGCUCUGAAUAGAGACACCGGUGCCGCCUCGAGUUGCGGAGCAUUGCCAGUCAGCGCGCUCGAGUCGCUCUGCCUGAUGUGUCUGCACUGUGCCGCGGGACGUCAUCGACUUCGUUCACCGCUGUUACGACGUCGCGGGGAAGAGGUGCUGGUGAAGAUCAGUGAACUGCUCUUCCGUCGUGCGUCUGGAGCAGCAAUUCGCAAGUGGAUGCUUCGGCUGAUUGCAGCGAUGAUAGACCCCACGGUUGCGGAUGCUGCGCUUGUCAUUUGUGGUGAAGACGCAGCGUCGAUCACCGCGGAAUCGUCAUCUCCGGGGGAAACGGUGAACGAUGAUCACGUUGCAAACCCCGUUUCUGAACUCCGUCGCAUCCUCUGGGAGGACAAGUCCACUGGACGCGCUGCCACGGAAUGGCUCGGCCUCGGCCUGCUGAACAGUUCCGUGGAUGCCAACCGUCGACGAAAAGAGACACAAGUACUGGGAUUACGCAUGCUGCAUCCAGUUCUGGAUGCCCUGAUCCAGGCUCAGACGCCCAUCUCCGAGCAGGUGCUGGGCGUGGAUGCAACGCUUCGAGCGCUGGUGCUGGGUCCACUCAGCCUGGCCUUGUUGCGCUGUUUAGCCCAGAGCGAUGACGCCUUGUGCGCAGAGGUACAUGCGUUAGCGUUUCCACUCGCGCUCAAGCUCGUGGAAUGCCUGGGACCGGAGGCGCUCACCUUUUUUCAUACCCUGUUGACUGUGAUCCUGCCGAGCGCCCUGGAGGGUGUCCGCGAACCCGCGAUGCGCUCGAACGGCUCCGUUGCUCAAGAGCUGUGUUUCCCGCUGCUGCGUCAGCUGCUGUCGCGUCUGGAUCUACUCUGGAGCGCCUACCUUGCCUAUGACUGCAGCCUGCAGUUUGCCGACGCUCUCGGGCCGCUGUUCCAGGUCAUCGCGAACGCAUCGCACCCGUUUGCGGUACCGCUCAUGGCUACGCUGCUGGAGAGCCUCCAGCAACGCGACUGGGGUCCACGGCCGCUGCGGCUAAAGCCCUGCACUGCCGCGGACUGGGACACUUUGUACCAGCAGCGAGCACAGAAGCAGCGACGUCAACAAGUGCUGGAUACAUUGGCGGGAAACGGGGCCUCCCAGCGAGACUGGAAUGCCACUGACUUGUGGAAGAGUCUCCAGAAAAGUCAGCUGCUCGGCGAGGGCACUCCACCAGAGCCAGCAGCAACACCAUCUGCAGCGUCUUUGCUGGCGCAGUUUCUCCGCGCUACACCCGAACUUGACAAAGUCCUCAUUGGCCAAGUGAUCGGCAGUCCAGACCCGUUCAGUCAACAAGUGUUGGCUGCUUACGCGCAGACCUUUGACCUGCACCAGCUUCCCAUUGAUGCAGCGCUGCGUCUCUUUCUCGAGUCGUUCCGCUUGCCAGGAGAGAGUCAGAAAAUCGAUCGCAUCAUGCAGGCAUUUGCCACCCAUUACUUUAACCAGAAUCAGGGACCAUCGUUGCCGCUGGCUUCAGCAGACGCUGCUCAUGUACUCAGUUUCGCGAUGAUUAUGUUGAAUACGGAUCAACAUCAUGGACAGGUGAAGCAGCGCAUGACUCUCGCAGAUUUUACGCACAACAAUCGAGGUAUCAAUGACGGUGACGAUCUCCCUGCGGCCUAUUUGCAGGGCAUCUAUGAGCGCAUUCGUCAACAGGAGAUACGACUCAGCGAUGAUCACGGUGUUGCUGCGCUCGACCGUGUCCACUGGGAGGCACUGCUGCGGAACCAGCAGCAUGCCCUGCAGGUAGGCAGCGGGCAUGCCGAGCAGCUCUGGACGUCCCCAAGACGUGCUGCAGCGUGUUUGCUCGGUUUCAUCUGGCCUACGCUGCUCGAGGCGUUUGGAUCACGACUCGUGCUGUUACUGUUUCCACCGGGAGUCGCCAGUGCAGAGGCCGGUGCCACGACUGCACAUUCGUCGUCGACGACGACGUCGACGCUGUCCAGCGCCCUGACAGAGCGACCCCAGUCCGCGGAGCACCGGAGCAUGCGGCGUGCUGGGCGUUUGCUUAGCCAGGGCACCAGCAGUGGUAGCGGUAGCGGCUCUGAGCAUCCUGCCGAGCCGCUUCUAUUACCGGUGCUUGGUGCCGCUGACCCGUCAUGGGAUCAGGUCGAAGAGGACGCUUUGCCGUCGGGCGAUGAGUCACGUGUCCAGUUGCAGGAACGCUGGCUCACACGUUGGGAUCACUGGAGACGUACCAUUGUUGAGGAUCAAGGCCCGUGGCUCGUUCGCUAUCGAACCCGAGCUGCGCUCCGCGAGGCCGUUCUCCGUCUCUUUUGUCGACUGGGCUGGACUGCGCAUCUGCUGGCGAUGCCUACGAUUCUUGGACAGGUGCUCGAGCUUCUGACGCUGCUCACGGGUGUCGUCGAUGAUCGUUGGCCAGAGCCGACUCCGGAAACCGCAAGCCACCGCUGCUCGCUACCAGAAGCUCCAUGUCCGUGUAUCCAAGCACCUGAACAAGAUGAAGCGGUCUGGGUGUUUCUAAGUCACUGGAAACGCUCCCGCCGGAAGACGCGCUCUGCUACCUGGCUCGGACGACAUCGACCAGCACAGCAGGUUCUGGUUGCAGUCCUCGGGCUAGCAGCUCGGUGUCUACCCGGUUUGGACGCCGCCGCCUGGUGUGCGUUAACUGCGCUCCAGUUACGGCUGGUGGAGAUGCGCCUCACGAGUCCGCUGCUCAUCGAACCCGAAUUCGUGAACUGGCUGCCGGCACUCUGGGCGCCCGACGGGACCCUGUUGCUGCCGGGACGCUUUGCACCGCCCUGGGCGUCUAUGCUGCGGGAUCUGGCUCUUCGAGAGUGCCCUGAGCUGCAGUUGCUGCGGCCGUCAGCGGCGGACGUAGCGUCGCCUCAGCCGGAGCCAACCAGUCUGUCGGGGUGCGUGGCGGCCGGUACACCCCAGUCACCACAGCAGCGACACAUGCGAAAGACUCGUUCCGCUGAGGAACGCCUCGAGAGGCGCACCAAACACACUGCUGCCGAUGCCGACACCCAGAGCCUCAUCGCCUCCAGAGGCAUCGGAGGCGAUGACGGUGAUGAUGAUGAGGAUCAUGCAACUGCGUCUGCUGCACAGCAUACCGUGGAUGCCCCUAGACUGGGUGACAGGAUGCAGGUGCUACCCCAGGAGCUCGUGGAUAUGGCCGACGAUUCCUCCGAGGCCAACAGUUACGGUGCGAGCGGAAGCGGGCUCUUGGCUACGCUCCUCAGCGGCAUCGGGUUCGGAUUCAGCGGCACCGAGACGAGUACCAGCACCAGUGCAGACUCCGCUGCGGCCAAAGGGCGUCCUCGACACGACAAGACGCAGACCGGCGGCGACAAUGACCUUGAGCGAGCGCGUUCUUGGCGAGCUGUCGAGCGACUCAUCGCGGAUCCCGAGCCAGACGAGUUGUCGGACCUGGAUGCGUAUCGCAGUCCAACGGAAUGUGCACCUUCUACUCGAAACGCAGAUGCCUCGCUUUCGCAGCCUGCAACGACGACGACAACCACCGCUGCCGAUACAGGCGCUGGGAAGACAACAGCCCCUGAAACGGAGCCGUGGCGGCGUCUGGUCGUCGAGGACUCGUGGGACCUCGUGCGAGCGGUUUUCCCGCGGUAUCUACGGAAACCUGAUAUGGACGCGGAACGAAGGGCGCUUACCCGCCGCUGCCUAGUCUAUGCCCUGCAGCAAGCGAACCUCUUUGACCCGGCUCGUUGGAUGACGGCUUCCGCCGGACUGCUGGAGGCUCUCGGCCAUGCAGCGCGUUGGGCGUACCAGCUGCCGAUGCCCGCGGCAACACGGCCUGUUGCACUGGAAACCCUGCACCCAGACUCGGGGAAUCAGCAGCACGAGCAGCACCAGCAACACCAGCAGAAACAGCAGCAGCCUGAGAGCGCUCUCACAUCGACCUGGACUGUGUCAGCAUGUCGCUGGUUUCCGCGUAGAGCGCUGUGGCGGUACGCACACCUCAGCGCCGCAGAUACCGCAACCUGGCGCAAAGCCUGGCUCCUGGAACAUGUAUCACUGGUUGUGCUGAGUGAUGUGGGACGAAUGCUUGCGCACUGGGGCGUGCUCCAGGAGCUCGUGCACAUGGAAAUGGCCACUGCCGUCGAUGACCCGACGCUUUCCCUAGAAUGUGCGGUGUUUGCUUUGGUGCGUUUGGUGCUGCGUGUGCUUGCCGUAGCGGAGCGCAACUUGUCCGAUAGAGUCUGUUGGACAAUUCUGGCGGCUGUCUACAAGAAUCUGCGUCUGCUGAUGCCGUUGGCGACCUCCGCCUUCGACGCGCUUUGUUUACCGGUGUUGGUUGCACUGGGAACGAUACUGGAGCGGUAUCCACGCUGGAUACCCCCUGAGGACGGCUGGGAAACGCUGUGUCUUGUAUUGGAGCGUGCUCUCCGACAGUCAGAGUCGACGGUGCAGGUAGCUUGGCAGGUGCUCAUGCUUCUGCUUGCGCGGCUAGAUCAGCAAAUGGAGCAUGGAACGCUCCACGAGACCGAGGAGUUUUCGCUCCAAUGUCUCGAAUUGCUUCUCACGGCGAUCGAGCAGCCGUAUCGUCCAGCAGCUACUACUGCUGCAUCCACUGGCACAAAUGCCGUCUCUCCAUAUGGAUGCUUUCAGCGCUUGUUUGCACAGCGUGCGGCUCUGUUGACUGGAGCCGAGCGUUGCUUACCGCUCCUCGGACGUCUCGCACGUGUCGUCGCUACCCACCGGUCCAUAUCGGUACGCUACGAAGCCCUGGUAACACUGGAACGCAUCCUGAUGGAGCCGCUCUGGCAGAAUAUCUCGGAAUCGUCGCGCGUAGAAUUGUUUACCGGUGUGUUGCUGCCGCUCGCUGAAGCGCUGCAAUGGGAGGUGCUCUCCAACGAGAGCACGUUGCACACAGAUCCGGUGCUCCGAGAGCGCCUUCUCAUCCGCUUGGUCAUGGUGCUGAACCGGUUCUGGCUUUUGCAGCACAUGCUGUUGCAGCAAGUACCAGAAACGACCAUCAACGACUGGUGGAUGCGCCUAGUGCGCAUCCUAGGUGACCUGUACGCUGUUGCGGUACGGCGUUCGCGAGCACAGCGCCUCGCUGGCGUCUCCGACGGCCGCUGGGCAUCGGCACCGGUGCCUGUAGCGGCCUCGGAGACGCUCGCGGAGCACAUCCAUGAGACGCUCAAGAAUACGCUCCUGGUUAUGGUAACGGGUGGUUUUCUGGAUCCAACUCUGGAGCUUGCUGGUGCAGAAACGACCGCUGUCACUGAGAAUGCGUGCAGUACAGCUGCUCGACGUUGGUCGGAGACGUUCACGCUUCUGGCUCCGCUGUUUCCCGCGCUCGAGGAGGACCUGUUGGGACUUUUGGCGCAAGCACCGAUGCAUCGCUCUCGCGCUGUUCAGCGAGACACGGACGCCGCCCAUACGCUUGCCGAACAAAAAAUCAGUCCGACACCCGUGGAUGUUCCACAGCGACCGGAUGAUGUCACGACGCAUACACUGACCGAGACGAGCGCUCAGACAACGGACGCCAGCACGUCCACCUAUGAAUCGGCAGCGCCGAGUGCGGUGCUCUGCACCGACGAGCACUCCUGUACCGAACUGGACAAGUAA